CGACAAUCUUAUAUAAGACGCAAAACUCUCAAGAAACGCAGCCGCUGGUCCAAUUGCUCCUCAUCACAAUCCAGUCUUCUGCUUCUCCAUUCUUUAACUGAAAUAAGAUUAUAGCAAUGUCGUCUCUAAGGAAACAUAUUCACAAGGAUUAUAUCAGGCGCACACAAGCCUAUAAUAAGAAGAAGCAGGCUUUACAGAAACUUAAACGAAAGGCAGCAUUGAGGAACCCAGAUGAGUUUUAUUUAAAGAGGAUCAAAACGAAAAAAUUUGGUGUAUUCUACAAGCUAAAGAGACGGGCAAAUAAGUACCCGGAAGAUGAUCUGGAAUCUAUUUUGCUGAAAAAGGAAAUUAAAGAAGUAGAUGUGGAACUGGAAGAGGUAAAUCGGCAGCUGAACGAGGUAAAUAUGGAGCGGAAAGAGGUAAAUCUGGAGCUGAAAGAGAUAAAUCAGGAGCUGGAAGAGGUAAAUCUGGAGUUGGAAGAGGUAAAUGCCGAUAUUGAAAUCAUGACAAGGGAAGCAAAAGAAUCGAGGAAAUUAUUAUAUGAUAUGCAGAAAUGCAAGGAAAAUGCAACGGUUGAGGACCCAAAUCAAUUUAUCGAUGAUGGAGUCCUGACGGAAACUCAAGAGAUAGGUGGCUCCUAGACAGUAGGAGCAUCUAAUAAUUUUGUAGUAAUACUAAUAUUUUGUGUUGAUUUGAACUAUUAUUUAUCUUUAUAUCUUUGUGUUUCUAUGGUGCUCUAAACUUUUAUUCGUCUUGUUAGUCCUGCAGAAAACUCUUUGGUUUUACAGUUUGAUUCUUUCCA